UUGUAGAUCCGAAGUCAGCCUACUAAGUGUUAAUAUAUUCAAAAUAUUUCGUGAAGGCACUUAGACAUUAUUAGAAGUUUAGUGGGUUCUAAGUAGAUACAGCUAACGACUCUGUGAAAUAAUGGUUGACAAUUCUGCUCAGCUUCUGCCAAUAAGUCCAUACCGCAAAAUGGCUGCCAAAUCCGGCAUGUAAUAUCUACGUUAGCACCUAGUUUUGAUCAGUAUCUUCGUUUCAACUAUUUUCUAUGUUGACUAUGUGGAGACAGCCAUCUGCCAUCCAGGCAUAUGCCAGGACUGCAUACCAGUGUCAUCGGCAACAGAUUUCGGAUGUUUGUAAAGCUGGAGGUUUGCUAGUGCACCCGUUUCCUCCAGAAUUUCCAAUGGUUGAUAAUACUGGAGUACAUAGGUAUACUACGCAGGCUUUCAAAUCUAAAACUGGUUUCCGGCCUGCUGCUCACAGUAACACUGCCAAUAGUAAUGUUAACCACAAUAGUUACCAAAGUGGACACCAAAGUUAUAACAAUACAAACAGAAAGACAAAACAAGCUGCAGCCAAUUUGUACCUGUAUGGGAAAUUUAACGAGACUGAUAACAUAGAAUUAUUACUAGAUCAAGUACAUUUACGAUCAUUAACUGUUCAAGAUCUACCACAGUUUCUGUCCAAGAUGAAUAAUUUGCUACACCAUCAAAUUGAUCUUGAUGUUCUUCUGAAAGAUGAUCGUUUUGACAAAGUUAGUAGCACUCUGCACAAUAAUGUACGUGCCCUAAGCCCAAGUAGUUUGCUACAAUGUCUGGAAGCUUUAUUUCAGAUGAGCAACAAAGAUAUUUAUCUGAUAGAAUCUUUAGAAAAACAAGUACAAUGGCUUCUAUGGAAGAUGUCCAUUGGAAGUCUUAUUAGAACGCUUGCUAUACACAAGCAACACCAAGAGACACCAUUGCGGAAGAAACUUCUCUCAGAGACACUGGGUGUUAUUGAAAAGCGUUGGGUAGAGCUGUCUUGUCCCAAAGAUCUGAUUACCUUGAUGUACAUUUUAGAUGACAACAGUGACCACUUAUUUUCUAAAGUGGAAACAAGGGCUUUUGAUUUGGUUGAGAAAAUGGAAGUGAAAGAGUUGUAUCGUGUGACUUACCUGCUGUCACGACGUAAACAUCGUAACACACCAUUGAUACGUGCUUUGAUUUAUCAUCUGAAUAAAAGCUGCCUCAAGCUUAGUAAUAUGCAUCUGGUCAACCUCCUUUAUGCUUGCUGCAGCCUCAAGAUCUAUGAUAACCAUUUGCUGAAUAAAAUGUCCAACACUUUGGAAAAAAAGGUUCCCCAUUUGGAGAGUAAUGUUCUGCUAUUCUCCAUCUUGACGUCUUUUUCCAAACUUCGUUGGCAUCAUACACCAGUACUUGAUGCUGUAUUUAAUAAGAUUUUUGCUAUCCAAGAUCACCUUGGCCCUAAAGAAAUAUCACAAAUUGUUAUUAGCUUUUCUCAUUUAGUCUACGACAAUAAGGAUAUGGCAGCCAUUUUGCCUAAUUUUAUGCCUCGUCUUCAUACUUUCCGUGAACAUGAUCCAAUGCAGUGGCUUGAAAUUGUCUGGUGCUUGGCUGUUCUGAGACUUUGUGACCAAGAAACUGCUGCAACGGUGUUGAAUUCACACUUUCUCCAUCACUUAGACGGUUUGGAUCCCUUCCGGAAAACCCUGGGCCAGCUACGGUUACUAAAUAUUGCAGCCGCUGUUCAACAUGACCUUAUCUCCUACAAUGGACCAUUGAUUCCACAUGAUUUCAUUGAUAAGGUGCACCUGAAGGCUCUCUCCCGUUCUCAACAUGGUUUGGCUGUAUCUGUAACAACUGCUCUUUCCAAUUUUGCUCCCCUCAACAAAUUUGUCAGGACAGAUGUGAUAACACCAUAUGGUUAUAUACUUGAUGCUGUACUAUUUGUUGAUAAGAAAGGUGAACCCCUUGUAUAUGAUGAGCAUUAUGGGCAUGAGCCAAAACCAGGUGUUAAUCGGAUUGCUUUCAAAGUAUUAGAUUUCCCUGAUAUGACCCUCUGUACAGUUAAGCCUACAGGAUUGCACACAAUGGCAGCAAGACACCUCAUUCAUUUGGAUUACAUAUUAAUACAGGUCCCUUAUACUGAAUUCAGUGAUCGUUUGACAACUGUGAAAAAAAUGCAGUACCUUCAACGUAGGAUCAGAUCAGCUAUUGCUUCUUCCUAAGGAAGAAAUGACUGUGAAAACUCCAUUCUUAUAACAUUGGCUCUCAAUUCUGGUCUGUUUGUAAGCGAAUGUUUUAUAUAGAGUUUAAUGAGAAAAUGAAAAAAUAGACUUAAAUCAGAAACUGAAUGGUUGAACAAAAUGUGUUUAAUAUUUGAGUGGUUUUAAAAGUCUAUUUAGCAAUUAUUAUUAUUAUUAUUACCAUCAUUAUCAUCAUGCGUUUAUUUAUAAAACAUUUGUAUUUUCUUCUUUUUUUUCUAUUUGACAAACUUUUUUUACAUUUCUAUCAUUGUUGCAUUUUGCAGUUAGGUAAAUUGUGUCAUUCCCCCACAGUAUCACAAGAUCUUGAUUCUCCUAAGCUAAUUCAAAGGCCAUACAUGAGAUAUUUAUUCAUGCAUAGACAUAUGGGAGAGGCGAAAUAGCUGUGUGAUAACAUAUUGGACUGCCACUUCAUGGUUAAUGAGUUCAAACUCACUGCAAGUCUUUCAUUGUGUCUCCUAGGAAAGACACUUUACUCUACGUGCCUCAGUUUACCUAACUGUUGAAAAUAGAUACCAGAUGUCCUGAGAAAGUUACAUCAGUAGACUGGAAGGAGAGAGAUAGAGAAAGAGAGAGUGUGUGUGUGUGUGUGUGUGUGAGCGAGAGAGAGAGAUUUGUCACUUAUCUACUUAACACUAGAGAACCCAGAAAUUAGUACCAGCCCCUUGAAAGUUGGGCAUCAGAAGAUGAAACCUCUCUUUUAUAAUGAUACAGUAGUUGUAGUAGACUAUAACAUUUAUAAAAUAUUUUUUAAAAAUCAAGGGUUGAACUGAUUUUCUGGAACAGCAUCUUGUACUUCAUGAUGAUCAAAGACAACAAUAAAUACGAUCAUUAAUAGACAUCGUAUUUAAAUGUGACAAGUAAGUCGCACAUUUGGAAAAACAUGUUUGUUGAAUAUUUGUUUGUAAAAUGCCGAACUGUUCAAUAUUUAGUGUCAGUUGAAAGAGUAUGUAUAAUGAAUGUGGAUUAACUUGCACCAUGAUUAGUAUAUGAGCAACUGAAUAUGUCAGUUGUUGAGAGAUAUAAAGACAACCAGUGUUUACAAAAAGAUUUUUGUGUGUGUGUAGUUAUUUAUCCUUACAUACAUGCAAAGAUAUCUUACCAACAAACACAGUGAAACAAAUACAUUUGAAAAUAUCAGUGUUUUAAUAUAUUAAUAUGUGUCUCUAAAUGCAUGGGUAAACACACAUAUGUGUAUAAAAUACUGAGACAUUUAUCUAAAUAUAUAUAUCUAUAUGUUAGUGUGUGUGUAUACAUAUAUAUGUGUGUGUGUGUGUGUGUAUGUGUACACACACAUACACACACACACAGAAUGUCUAUAAAUUACUUUUACAAUUUUAAAAAUUCGGGGAAAAAUGGAGAAUAAGGCAAAUAAAUACAUCUUCAUUAGAAACAUCAGAAUGCUUCCAUGUAGACUCCAUUGACUGCAUGCAGUUCAUCUAGUUGAUGCUCAGUUUCUGGCCAUGUGUGUUGGAGCAUCUUCUCAUCAAUGUUGGAUGUAGCUUGGUGUAAUUUUCUUUGUGGUCAUUGAAGUCCUUCCUGCACUUUUGUACAAUAGACUUUGACUUUAUGUAGUCCCAUAAGAAAAAGGGAUUAUAUCUGGUGACUUAGGUGAGCUGGACCACCACGUCUUCCACUCCACUGGUUUGGGAAAGUUUCAUUAAGAAACUCUCAAACACUCAGCCUUUAAUGGGACAGCACACUGUCUUGUUGGAAAAUAACUGUUGGAUGCAACUGUGGUGCAACAAAUUCUUGUAAAAGAUGAAGGUAUGUGUUGGAAGUAUUUGUUUCUUCAGUAAAG